UAUCGUACGGUGUGCUUUACGAAAGCGUGGAUCAAAGUUGUUCAUUUAACGGCGUUAAAGUUUAUUUCUGAUACCGAGAACAUGGCGUCACGGAGUUACGGAGCCUGUUUUCUUUGUCAUCGAGCGGCGGCGGUGAACAUAAUGUUCAGGAGUGUGAGUUCAGCAGCUCUUCCUCAGCCUAAGGUCGAUUUCCUGAAAGGAGAACUUCACAGGAAGCAUCCAGGUGUGACCAACCUGAAGACUGUCCGGCUACCCGAACAUCUCCAGCUGGCUGCACAGUCCAUCAUUCACAGAGUUCGGGUGCCUCAGCUUGUAGAACGUUCUCAAAAGCUCACAAACUUCCUGUGGAGCCGGAAGAGAGCGGUGGAGGAUUUGAUGCUGAGGCAGAAAGCUGUGAGCAUGGAGAAGGAACUGUGGGAGAAAGCCGUGCAGAACAUCGGAAGAGAUGUCGAUGAGCAACUCCUGGGGGAUCGCAUCAGGAAGAAGGUUUUGUCGGAGCUCAGAAGAACGACGUAUCGCUGGACGCCCCUAAAGUACGAUGAAGAGCUGAGCAUGGUGUACAUGGCGGCUCGGCUGGCUGGAGGCUAUGCAGCAGUGAGGAGAGCUUUAAAUGAGAUAAAGAAGCGAGAUCCUUCAUUUGCUCCUCAAACACUUCUGGAUUUUGGUUCUGGCUUAGGAACUGUCGCCUGGGCGUCUCACUCGUGUUGGGACGACUCUUUCAGGGAGAUGGUGUGUGUGGACAGCUCUGCAGCGAUGAACGUUUUGGCCGAACAACUUCUCAAAGGAGAUGAUGAAAGAGCUCAACCGCACAUCAAACACGUUUAUUUCAGACAGUUUCUUCCUGUCUCUCCUAAGGUCCAGUUCGAUUUGGUGGUGGCAGCUUUUACCCUGUCAGAGCUUCCCAACGUGAACGACCGGGCGGACGCCGUGAUGACGCUCUGGAGGAAGACGAACUCCUACCUGGUGCUGGUGGAAAAUGGUACCAAAGAGGGCCAUCAGAUGAUGCUGGAGGCCAGAGACGUUUUGCUAACGAAACAGGAAAAAGUCGUUCAUGACCCCAGACCAGCAUCAGUGUUUGCACCGUGCCCUCAUGAGAUGAUGUGUCCCAAACUGGCCCAGAAACCCGUCACGCCCUGCAACUUCCACCAGCGCUACCAUCCUCUUCCUCUGCCAGGGAGGCAUGAGUGUCAGACAGAGAAGUUCAGCUACCUGAUCCUGAGUCGAACAGAACCGGCAGAGCCGACACCAGAAGGUCUGGACUGGGGCCGGCUGAUCGCGCCGGUUCUGUGCAGAACGCGGCACGUCCACUGCCACGUGUGCCGCUCCGACGGACGGCUGCAGCACAUGGUGGUGACGGCACGGAAACACAGCCGAGAUAUGUACCGCUGCGCGCGGAACAGCGAAUGGGGAGAUCAGCUGCCGAUUGUUGAGAAUGUCAAAGAAGAGACGAAGGUCCACAGCGACUCGGAGAGCUGAUUCAGAUGAAAACCUGGACAUUUUGGACUUCCUGAGUAUUGGAAACAAAAAUAUCACUUUGAAUUAGAAUCUACUUUCUUCUCUCUGUGUUUUGUAAAUCACAGUAGGUAUGCCUCUAUUAUACACUUACAUAUUUUAUUUGGUGCCAUUGUCUCAUUGAUUAUUUUGUUUAUGAGUCUGAUGCAUCCAAUUAAAGUUUCUUUUCAAAGA